AAGUGUGUUACCGCCACGAAGAUCGGACUACAUAACUUCUUUGACAGAGGAAUUGGCGAAGAAUUUUACAGAAGCAUUAAACAUAAGGAAUGCCAAAGAAAUAGAUUCAUUGCAGUAUGUCGUCGAUUUACUGGAAAGCACCCUGGCUAAGUACCAACAAAUAUGUUUUCUCGAAGUUCAAAAUAACUUGAUAACAGAAAGGACACGAAAGAUGUCAGUCUACACAACUGUGGAUGCCUUCCAGAGCUUUGUUAUAACUUAUGGCUGGUACCAUCUCAACGAAUCAAUUCCUUUUAUAACGAAGACAUACGACAAAAUCCGAGUUCUUCGAAUCCGGAAAGGUUUUAAGCAUGAUUCAGUUGGAUUUCAUAUCAGUGAGUCAAGAAGUGGAGCUGUCGACAUACCAUCCACCAACUUUGAAAGAAACGGCUCAGUAGUGGUUGGAAUAGUAUACAAAGAUCUGCACGAGCUACUCAGAACACGUUACUCUACUAACACUACAAACGGUAAUAGAAGCAGUCUAAUAAUUGCAAGUGCCAUGGAUCCCAAGCCAGGACAGUUAAAAAGGAAUGUUCUCUUGAAGUUUACAAACCAAGAGAUCAACAAUCCCAACAGGAUUUGUGUCUUUUGGGAAGGAUUUCAGGAGGAAACUUCCAACGGGUGGUCAAACAAGGGCUGCCAUGAAGUAGUAUCGGAAAGGAGCCUACAAGAAACUGUGUGCAGCUGCAAUCAUUUGACCCAUUUUGCAGUUUUGUUUGACUUUGGUGACACUGUGGGAGGGGGCAUGUCACCUAUCACAAAAACAGAUGAGAAGACUCUGACAACUCUUACCUACAUUGGAUUGACCCUGUCGAUAGUCGGAAUAAUUCUGACAAUAAUCUCCUAUGCUCUUUUCACCGAUGUGCGUCAACCGCUGUCCCAAGUAAGGUUGAGUCUCGCUGCCUCUUUGGGAACUGGUCAGAUAGUUUUUCUGGCUGGUAUUAAUGCUACGGGUAACGAGGGUGUCUGCGUUGCAGUGGCUUCCUUGAUACAGUACUUCUUUAUGUCAGCUUUCUGUUGGAUGCUUGUGGAGGGAAUUUUUCUCUACAUGUUCGUUGUAAAAGUCUACAAUAUCGAAGGUAGAAUGGCUAUCUAUCACAUUUUUUCAUGGGGUCUUCCAGCCAUAAUGGUCAGUAUCUCCCUAACAAUUGCCUCAGCGAUAGACGGUAUUCAUAGCUUUGUCGGCGAGAAAUACUGUUGGUUGUCCCAAGCUAACCAUUUGAUUUGGAUUUUUGCUGCCUUGUUAGUGAUUGUGGAAGUCGCCAAUGUGUUGGUUCUGGCAAGAGUUAUCAGAGAAAUCAUCAGAAUGCAAUCACCCGAGGAAAAUCAUCAGAUACGAAUUUGCAUCAAGACAUGCGUGGUGAUGACCCCCUUACUGGGCAUCAUGUGGCUGUUUGGUCUUUUUUCAUCGGAAGACAAAACCUGCGCCUAUAUACAUACAGUAUUUAGCUCAACCCAGGGAUUCCUGGUAUUUCUUUUGCACUGUGUGCGAAACACCCAGAUAAAGGAACGGUUCAAAAAGAGGCUUAUCAUCAUUUUCCCAGCGAAAAAAGGCAUCAAACCUGACAAGAAAUUAUCCCAAUAUGUACAAACUGGCAGAAUAGGCCCUAUUCCUCGGACCAGAAACUACACAAAUUAAACGCACAAAGAAGAACAAUGGUGACCAAGACUUGUUAAGUAUUGACAACA